CCAAUGCCAAGUAAUAACCAACACUAGCCACUAAUGGCCACCACUCAACUUUCCCUCCAUAUCCUCAGUCCAAUCCCCACCGACUGCAUCACUUCCCGGCGUCUCAGCAAGAACUUCGGGACAAGGAACUUAGCAGUGAGAACCUCUGUGUCUCGCAGCUCUAAGUGGUCCCUUAGGCUGAGUCUGGUGGAGCAGAGCCCACCUGUAGAAUCAACUGCAGUUGACGUCAAACAGUUGGUGGACUUCUUGUAUGAUGAUCUCCCGCAUCUCUUUGAUGACCAGGGCAUUGAUCGGACGGCAUACGAUGAGCAUGUGAAGUUCAGGGACCCAAUAACUAAGCAUGACAGUAUAAGUGGCUACCUCUUUAACAUUUCUCUUUUAAAGGUUCUCUUCAGGCCUCAGUUCUUCUUGCACUGGGUCAAACAGACAGGACCUUAUGAGAUAACUACCAGGUGGACUAUGGUGAUGAAGUUCAUGCUUCUUCCAUGGAAACCAGAAUUGAUCUUUACAGGAACCUCAGUCAUGGGCAUUAAUCCAGAGACUGGGAAAUUCUGCAGCCAUUUGGAUUUCUGGGAUUCCAUAAAGAAUAAUGAGUACUUUUCACUUGAAGGUUUGUGGGAUGUGUUUAAGCAGUUGAGGAUUUACAAGACUCCUGACCUGGAAACACCCAAAUAUCAGAUACUGAAAAGGACUGGAGGUUAUGAGAUAAGAAAGUAUGCCCCGUUUAUCGUGGUAGAAACAAGAGGAAAUAAAUUAUCUGGGUCAACUGGAUUCAAUGAUGUUGCUGGAUAUAUCUUCGGAAAGAAUUCCACAAUGGAAAAAAUACCAAUGACUACACCUGUAUUCACCGAGGCAAAUGAUGUUGAAUCGUCGGAAGUGUCCAUCCAAAUAGUUAUUCCUUUGGAGAAAGAAUUUAGCAGUUUACCAGAUCCUAAUGAAGAGAAAAUUAACUUGAGGAAAGUGGAAGGUGGCAUUGCUGCAGUGCUAAAGUUCAGUGGAAAACCAACUGAUGAAAUUGUUCGUGAGAAAGAGAGAGUGCUGCGCUCAAGUCUCAUCAAAGAUGGUAUUAAACCUACGAUGGGCUGUUUACUUGCCCGCUAUAAUGAUCCAGGCAGGACAUGGAGCUUUACAAUGAGGAAUGAAGUGCUAAUAUGGCUUGAGGAAUUCUCACUGGAGUAGAGUUACAAACACAGCUAUCCCUUGACUAGCAUUCUCUGCUGUCAUCAUCAUUCCUUCAAGAAGCAACAGCAAGAAUAUGUUCUGUAUCUGGAAAGAACUUCUGAAAACCUGAAAGAUGUCUUCACUAGAAACCUGUAUAGAUAUUUUGGAAAAAAAGAAGAAGAAGAAGAAGAAGAAGAAGAAGCUGUAAUAGGUUGCAGGCUGAUGCUUGUUUCUAUAAUUGCUACAGAGCAGAAUUGUGUAGGAAUUCAUAAUUGGAAUUGUGUGUGUAGGCUUUUUAUCAUUGAGCAUUCUUGUUAGAGAUGAUAAAACCAACAGCUGAACUUUGGGCUUUCACGAAGAUAUCAUAGUCUCUCCAGUAUGUACCUGGUUUUUUCCAGUUACUUUUACCUGAAAAUGAAACCAAAAUUAAUCAGUGUUAUCAAA